GUGUUGCCCCUUCUACACAUAGUAUUAAUUAACGUAUAAAUAUGAAAUGCUCAUAUUCAUUUUGCCACAGUCUAUUUUCAGAUCUCUAUCAGUUUUUUUUUUCAGAAAUGCGGUGUGCUGUAGUUCUAUUGAGUUUAGCACUUUUGCUAAUUGCAAGUGCAACAGCUGAUGAUUUGUCGUGUCCAUUUAAUGCCAAAGGAAGACAUCCGAAAUGUAUUUGUAACAACGAUAAUCCCUACGAUGAGGUCAAUCGGAUAUGUUCAACCGUUUUAGAUGCACAAUUUCUGUUAGCAAAAUGCCCAAAAGGCAGUGAAGGCACAUUUCCGGCGUGUAUUUGUGGAGAGGGUAAAGUGUAUGUUCCCGAGAGAGAUGAAUGUGUUUUAAUCGAUAAAAAUCAAUGUCCGACGGGAUCGAAAAAAGUGAAUAACAAAUGUGUUUGCGACAAUGUGAACGAUUUCAAAUAUGAGUUUGAUGAAAUUUUUUGGAUCUGUCGUCCGUGGUACAUUCCAACAACACGUCCACCACCAACACCAUGCCCAUCACAUCAGCACCGUGUUGGCGAUAAGUGCGAAUGGGACCGUUGCCCAACAGGAUACACAUCAAAGUCAGGUUACUGGCCAGAUUGUGCUCCAUAUCCAACUUGCCAACAGAAGGGAAUGAUUGGCGAAUAUCCGAAUUGUCAUGCUCGCGUUUAUGAGCAGACUUGUAGUACGCAUCAAACGGGCAAAUACCCAGAUUGUCACUGGCUACCAUGUCCCGAUGCAUAUCUAUCGAAAACAGGUUUCUGGCCAGAUUGCUCAGCUCCUCCUUCAUGUAGCGAUCUUGGUAUGAUUGGAGUAUAUCCAGACUGUGUAAAAUCGCCUCCAACAUGUCCACCAUAUCACCAUCGCAACAAAGAUGGGGAGUGCGUUCGGAUUCCAUGUCCUCCAGGUCACGAUGGCGACUACCAACCAAACUGCAAACUUGUUCCAAAGUGUCCAGCAGAAUAUCCUGGAAAAUGGCCCUUGUGUAAUAUCUAUGGCACAACUCCACGUAGCCAUGAAACUACGAGAACCACUCCAAGAAUAAGUACCUCGACUACCCAACGAACAACCACCAAAUGGAAUACUCCAUCAACUCCGAGAUGGACAACAACUACAGCUGCAAGGACCACCACAGCGAAGCAAGAAAGGUGCUACUGUGAUUGUUCGAGCGAUGAAAUCGUUGUUUUCAGAGAUAAUGUGGUUCGGGAUCCAUCACGGAAAUACAAACGUUUCGUUAACGAAAAACCAUCGAACAAGAACUAAGCCUCACAAGUGUCAAAACUCUGUAUUAAUCGUAAAAUAAAGUAAAUAUUGCAAAAAUUUAUAAAAAAA